CCCAUUUGUAUAAACGAUGGUUAAAUAUACAUUGGUUAAAAUAAACCAGUGGUAAAAAUCCAGGUUAAGUUACCAAGUUGGUUAAGCAAUUGUAUAAACGCAACUAACCCUGUGGUUAGUUAACCAGAUUUGGUAUAUUUUAACCGUAGGUUAAAGUUACCAAAUAAUCCCACAAUGCAAUACAAUCGUGACGUAAUUUUCCCGCAGGAAUGUCAGACGAACAAAAACAAAAUGGCGUCAGAAAAGCGGUAUCGUAGCAAACAGUUUAGCCAUCGCGAAACAGAGGUGUUAAAAGAGAUGAUGGAAAUCAAGCACGGGGAACUCACAGCCAAACAUUCAAGUGGAGGUCCCAAUCCCCAGACGAAAAAGAAAACGGACAAAAUAUGGGCUGAUAUUACGGAGGCAGUGAACGCUGUUGGGAACUGCCCGAGGACGGUGGCUCAAGUGAAGGAGAAAUGGAGGAACAUGAUGAAGAAAGCCAAAGCUGAUUACACAGCGGAACGGGUCAGCUUGGGCAAGACUGGGGGCGGACCUGCACUGCCAGAAAUGUCCUAGACGUCGCUGGAUAUUGUAAACUUUUUGAAGGAGAGUGCGUCUUUCAGUGGCAUACCUGGUGCCAAUAUUUGCGAAACAGUCUUGCCAAAUGCAGUCAAUGCAGAUUCUAAAACAGACACCUUGGCAGACUGCAUGGACACCUCGUCGAUCGAUGAUAGGACAUACAUGUUAUGGGAAGGUAAAACAUUAAAAAAAAAACACAGUCAAUAAACACCAAUAACCUUUUAUAAAAAAAUCCGCAUACAGAAUCCUAUUAUAUUUUGUUAAUCAACAUGUAAAGUGCAUAGAACUGUGUUAGUAUACGAAGGUUUAAUACAUUUUUCAACACAGUGUAGUGCAGAACUAAGAAAAAACUUCCUGUCCGAAAGAGAUACGUUUAAAUGUCGAUAGCGGUUAUU